GCAGACCCGCGCGUCGCACAACUCUCAGACACAAGAUUGAGCGGUUUGUGCAGCACUCAUCUGGCUGGACUAUAGAUCGUGUAGAAGCUCUGAACAUCGAAAUCUCAAAGUACCAGCCACUACGUGGAUCGACGUAUCUUCCACUACCUGACGAAUUGCGGAAUAAGAAGGCCAUCAUCAACGUCAUCAACUCAGACCAAAAGUGUAUGCUGUGGGCUAUUCUUGCUGCUAAAUUCCCAAACCACAACUCAGGACGCGUUUCAGUGUAUCGCACCCACAUCAAUGACAUUAAUGUGGAUGGCAUAGAGUUUCCUGCGAAGACCACAGACAUCGAUCGGCUUGAGAAGAUGAAUCCUGGUCUGUUCAUCAAUGCAUUUGGGUACGAAAGCAAGUCACUCUACCCUAUCCGUGUUUCGGAACAACCGCAAGCUGCUAUCAACCUCCUACUGUUCGGCGAUGGUCAAACUCAGCAUUGGGUGUACAUCAAAAAUAUGAGUCGACUUGUUGCAUCAUCUACUAGUCGUAGGAAGCACUUCAUCUGUUUCCGCUGUCUCUCCCUGCAUUUGUCACAAGACAAACUCGAUAGACACCUACUCUACUGCAAAGAGCAUGCUAUGGCACGGGUAGAGAUGGGUAAGCCUGAUGCACAGAUCAGCUUCAACAAUUUCCACAAGCGCUUGCCAGCACCCUAUGUGAUCUACGCUGACUGUGAGGCACUGAUUUCAUCCAUGGAUGAACCAACAAAAAUAGGAAACGCAACAGAACAAAAGAAUGAACACUUAGCAUGCUCCGUGUGCUACAUUGUUGUACGAUCCGAUGGACACGUUACCAACUGUUACGAUUACCGUGGAGAGGAUGCAAUGUACCACUUCUUGUUGGCUCUUGAGGAAGAGGAGGAGAGAAUCCGUGCAGAUCUGACCCAACCAGCAGCUAUGAAUUUCACAGAUGAGCAACAAAUGGCAUUCGACACGGCUACGGUGUGUUGGGUAUGCGAAAAUCCGCUUGGUGGUGACAGAGUACGUGACCACUGUCACAUCACUGGAGACUACCGGGGUCCGGCGCACAACAAGUGUAACUUGAUGUUGAGAAUCUGCCCGUAUCGCAUCAAGAUUCCAGUUGUCUUUCACAACUUGAAAGGCUAUGACUCACAUCAUAUCAUAUCACAGAUGGGGCGAACUUCCUGUGAUGAAGUGACGUAUGAGGAGCAUGGUAAAGAGAAGACAAGGAAACUUGGAGGUAUAUCCAUCAUACCGGUAAAUAGUGAAAAAUACCUCACAUUUGGAUGGCGGCAAUACCAGUUCAUUGACAGUCUUGCAUUCCUGAAUACAUCUUUGGAGCGGCUGGUCAGCCUAACACCCCAAGACAAAUUCAGAAUCCUGGUUGAUGCGUUUCCGGACCCAGUACAGCGUGCUUUGGUAUGCAAGAAGGGUAUUUACCCGUACGAGCACAUGACAGGAUUUGAGUGCUUUGAUGAAACACAGCUACCUGAAAAAGGAGCUUUUCACUCGUCCCUCACCGGGAAAGGUAUUACGGAUGAGGAGUAUGCCCAUGCCCAACGUGUUUGGACUACGUUCGCAUGUCAGGAUAUGGGUGACUAUCACGAUGUUUACCUCCUCACAGAUGUCAUCCUGUUGGCUGAUGUAUUUGAGAACUUUCGCAAGACAGCAUAUGAUACGUAUGGUCUGGACCCAGCCAACUAUCUUACUCUACCCGGCCUGGCCUGGGAUGCACUUCUGAAGCUGACGAAAGUUUCUCUUGAUCAGCUCAGUGAUGUUGACGUGUACAAUUUCGUGGAGCAUGGCAAGCGCGGCGGUAUCAGCAUGGUUUCGCACAGGUGGUCGAAGGCAAACAACAAGUAUCUACCUGAUUACGAUGAACAACAACCAAGCUCCUUCAUCAUGUAUCUCGAUGCGAACAACUUGUACGGGUGGGCCAUGAUGCAACCUCUGCCUGUUGGCCGGUUCAAGUUCCUGUCACCGACGGAUGAGUUGAUCGCUGAUAUCCUACAGCACCCAACCGAUGCACCUACGGGGUAUCUUAUCGAAUGCGAUUUGAAGAUUCCCAAAGAACUACACGAUUACUUUAACGACUACCCGCUGGCCCCAGAGCGCUUCAAGGUGACACAUGAUAUGCUAUCACCGUACCAAAGGAACCUGACAGACCAGCAAAAGGUGAUUGGUUUGGAAGCAACAAAGCUCAUCCCCAAUCUCCUCCCCAAGCAACGCUAUAUCCUGCACUACAGGAAUCUACAACAGUAUGUGGCUCUCGGUGUCGAGGUGCCUGAUGUUCAUCGUAUCCUCUCAUUCCGUCAAGAACCGUGGAUGCGUUCUUACAUUGAGAAGAACACAGAACUGAGAAAGAUGGCCACAUCUGAUUUUGAAAAGGAUUUCUUCAAGCUCAUGAAUAAUUCUGUCUACGGAAAAACAAUGGAGAACGUGAGGAACCGCAUCAACCUCCGUGUGCUGAGAGCAAACGAGGAGGAAAAGAAGAUUCAGCGACGUAUUAACAAACCCUCAUACAUUCGGAGCGUAGUGUUCGAUAAUGAUCUGGUAUCAGUCGAAUGCUCAAGGGAGAAGGUCACUCUAACGAAACCCGUGUACGUAGGUGCAACGAUUCUCGAUCUAUCGAAGUUAUUGAUGUACGAUUUCUACUACAGUGUGCUUCAACCACGUUACGAGGAUAAGCUUCACAUGCUCUAUACGGACACCGACAGUCUGGUAUUAUCUGUAGAGACCGAAGAUGUGUACGUGGACAUGCAACAGUAUGGUGAUGCCUAUGACACGUCCAAUUAUCCCGUGGACCACCCGCUUCACAGCAACAUCAAUAGGAAAGUUGUGGGUAAAUUCAAAGACGAGCUGGGAGGGCAGCCCAUCGCCGAGUUUGUCGCCCUUCGGAGUAAGAUGUACGCGUAUGAGUGUGCAGGAGGUAGCAGUGACAAGCGGGCAAAAGGUGUCCAACGCGAGGUUCUCAAAUCGUCGAUCACAAUGGAUGACUAUCGUCGAUGCCUCACACAACAAGUACAAAUGAGUCGAGUGAUGAAUGCACUACGCAGCCGCAAGCACCAUAUCUAUGGCGAGAGUACCCUGAAGGUAGCACUCAGUGGCUUUGACUCCAAGAAAUACAUCCUGGAGGAUGGAGUUCACACGCUGGCCUAUGGGCACAAGGACAUUUCUACGCAUUAACAAUCUGUUGUUAAAGUGUGUCUAUGUGCACACAUGCUCAAACCUCCGAACACACAUAUUCUUGAUCAUCAUGAAACACACAGCACAGUACAUUUGAAAAUUGUACAUAGUUGUUAUUCAAGAUUUAAGACUGUCAACUUCCUUCUUCUUCAGCCCUGUAUUGAAUUUUUCUCAUUGCUGUAGCCUUUCCAUUGCACGAAACGUUUAUCCUUCUUAUAUUUCAAGACUUUAUCGAAUCUCAA